ACACCAACUUUAACGAGCUGUCAAACCACUCCUAAGUGACUCAAGCCGUUUCAUUUAUCUCAGAAAGUAAAGAUGACUUCGUGAAAAUGUUGCGCAACUGAUGUGGUAACUCUGCCACCCUGGUGCUUCUGUAUCUACAGUCGGUUUGACUUUUUGUUAAACUCUUAUCAUUUGUGUUUUUGUGGCUAACAGCUAACAAGAAAAUGCAAUUGUUAGCUUGGCUGUGAAGCUACUGAGGUCUAUGUUUUCUCAUGGGGGAUUUGUACAGUUUUUAGUCAAGCGGAUUUGCGAGUGGGCAAGAACAGACCAGAAGAGAUACACGCUCAGUUUCUUCACCAUGGGCAAUGCCUGCAGUAAUCAUCUCGGGAUCCCUCCUGCCAAGGGCCCCCAUGCUGUGGGAUGUACUGACUUCAUGAUGGACCACACUGAAAAGGGCAGCUUCUUCCGGCUCUACUAUCCUUGUCAGGAGACGGAAAAAGCAGAGAAACCAGACUGGGUGCCAUGUAGGGAAUAUUUUAACGGUCUCGCAGACUUCAUGAAAAUCAACAGGUCUCUCAGUGAAAAGAUUUUCAACUACCUCUUUGGGUCCUUUAAGAUCCCAGCCUACUUGGAUGCUCCAUUCAAAUCAAAAGAGAAAUGUCCCGUGGUUGUCUUCUCUCACGGCCUCGGAGCCUUUAGGACUUUGUAUUCAGCUAUAUGUGCAGAACUUGCCUCUCAGGGCUUCAUUGUGGCAUCCGUGGAACACAGAGACCAGUCAGCGUCAGCUACGUAUUAUUACCGUGAGAAAACAGAGACUGAAAAGGCCAGUGAGAACGUGCCGAACACAUCCGCCUCAGCUCAAGACAACCUGGUUAUAGAGUGGAUGUACUACAGAAGUCUGAGGCACGGGGAGAGCGAAUUCCCGCUUCGGAAUAGACAGGUGAAACAGAGAGGAGAUGAAUGCAUUCUUGCUCUGGACAAACUCUCUGAAAUCAACUCAGGAAUAGCAGUGCAGAAUGUGUUGCAAACAGAGUUUGACUGGACAACUUUGGAGAACUCCAUGGAUAUGUGUAGGAUAGCUGUGAUGGGACAUUCAUUUGGUGGAGCAACAGUGAUUGAAGCUCUGUGCAAAGAGGUUAAAUUCAAGUGUGGCAUUGCACUGGACUCCUGGAUGUUCCCUUUAGACGAUGAGAUAUUUGCACGGGUGAAGCAGCCGAUCUUCUUCAUCAACUCAGAGAAGUUUCAGUGGGCGGGGAACAUCAGCCGCAUGAAGAAGCUGGACUCGGCCGUCAUUCAGAGAAAAAUGAUCACAAUCAGUGGAACAGUCCACCAGAGUUUCCCAGACUUCACCUUCCUGACGGGCAACUGGAUCGGGAAGCUGAUGAAGCUGAAGGGAGAGAUCGACCCAGAGAUCGCAUUAGACCUCAGCAACAGAGCAACCCUCGCCUUUCUGCAACGCCAUCUGGGCCUUGAUAAAAACUUUAACCAGUGGGAUCCUCUGAUUGAUGGGCAAGAUGAAAACCUAAUUCAAGGAACGAACGUUACCGUGCUUCAGUCUGCCAUUUAAACAGCAGAAGAUACAGAGGACUCUGGUCGUCAGCUUUCAUCUCCUGCUGCGUGGGACUCAGUGGAACGGUCCAAGAAGGAUAGGCCAGGUCUACUCAGCACUGCGUAAAGACUGAGGAUAACAUUUUAAUGUAGUAAUGGAAAGGAAAGAUCAUGUCUACCUCACCAUUAGGACAGACUUUUUUGUCUGGACACAUACAACGAUCAGUGUUCGUUUCAUGAGGCCUGAAUGUUGCAUAUGAGCAGCUUGAAUGCUUCUUCUCACUAUCACCUCAAUGAAAACUCCUUUAAUCUUUCUGAUUUUGGACUCUAUUUUAGCAGACUGAGAUUAUGUUAUUUCACACAAAUUUUCCUUUGUCUUUUUGGAUAUGACCUUCCAACAGAGACAAGUUAUACUAUGAUUGCUGUGUGAUUAUGUAACCAGGCCUUGAAUGAGAAUAUGUCCAAACAAUGGGCUUGAAAUGGGCAUUGUUAAAAGCUACCAAUGAUAGCAAAAAUGUAUAAUUAAAUUAAGUAGAUAGCCAUCUUAGCAAAUGAGUUUAAUUUUAAGGGUUCCACCAACACUAAAAACAAACGUGCCAUAACUCAGUGUUCACACUGUUCAUCCUGAGUCACUGUGACAGCCUUCUACUUUUAUACUUUGUAAAUAUGUGCCAUUUAUACACACCAUAAAUCCAAUAAACCUGGGUUGUAUACAAACACAAUGUCUGACACUUAAAUUAAAGGUCACAUAUUA